AUGGCGUCCACUGUAACAGCCGCCAAUAGCCAUGGAAGCGUCCUGCGUACCCGUACCGCCCCCUCCUGCAGGCAGCUCGCAGGUGAUUUCGGCUUCGAUCCCCUGGGCCUCGGCGAGGAUCCGGCAAGCUUGAAGUGGUACGUUCAGGCCGAGCUCGUGCACUGCCGCUUCGCUAUGGCAGGGGUCGCCGGCAUCCUUUUCACUGACUUGCUCCGUGUAUCAGGGAACAGCGACCUCCCGUGUGGAUCACAAGCAGAGGAAGGAACAUUCAUAGGGUUAGAGGCUGCACUUGCAGGUCAACAGCCAGGCUACCCUGGGGGUCCACUGUUCAAUCCACUAGGACUUGCAAAGGAUAUAGAGAAUGCUCAUGAAGAGAAGCUGAAAGAAAUCAAGAAUGGGAGGUUGGCAAUGGUAGCCAUGCUUGGUUUCAUGGUGCAAGCAUCAGUAACUCAUGCCGGCCCUAUCGACAAUCUUUUGACACACCUUUCGGACCCGUUCAACAAAAAUAUCAUCCACGCAUUCUCCUCUUCCUAA